AUGGCACGACAACUUACUCAACUCCGGUGUUAUUCCACUCGUGGAGACAUAUUCAACAGCAUCAUUACGAAAUGCACAAUUGCGGCACACAAUGGUCCUCUUUUAAACACAACCUAUGCUUUGAAGGAUAACAUUGUUACCCAAGACUUCCUCACCACGGCAGCCUCACACGCAUUAUACAAUUACCAAUCACCAUUUGAUGCCACUGUUGUCAAACUACUAUUCGAGAAUGGGGCAACUUGUAUCGGUAAGGCCAAUCUAGACGAGUUUGGAAUGGGGUCGUCAAAUCUAAACUCAUACUAUGGUGCAGUCAUUAAUCCUUUUAAUGAACAGGCAGUUCCUGGUGGCUCGUCAGGCGGAUCUGCGGCAGCAGUUUCAGGAAAGAUUGCCAGUUUUUCAAUAGGUACCGAUACAGGUGGUUCGAUCAGGUUGCCUGCUAGCUAUUGUAAUGUGUUUGGCUUCAAACCAACGUAUGGACGUAUCUCACGGUGGGGUGUAAUACCGUAUGCACAAACUUUAGAUACAGUGGGGAUAAUAAGUGACAAUGUUGACUUGGUGGAGAGAGUGUAUGAUGUUUUGAAUGUGGAAGAUCAAAAAGAUCCCACGUCGCUCCCACAAUCGGUGAGGGAUAGCAUGAAUACUACUGAUCAGUUAUCGCAACUUACAUUUGGAAUACCGCUGCAUUUCUUGUUUGACGAAGUAUCGGACCAGGUCCGAUCAACAUGGAUUGAAGUGAUGGAACAUCUCAUUGAUCUUGGGCACAAGAUCAAAUUCAUUUCGGCCAAGGCAAUCAGAAAAGCAUUGCCUGUUUACUACACAAUUGCUACAUCUGAAGCUGCAUCGAACUUGGCUAGAUAUGAUGGAACUAGAUACGGCUAUACAUCAAACCCUGUAAAUGUCAAUGACCAUCCCAUGGAAUUGAUUUUUAAAAAUAGGACGGAAUCCUUGGGUCCAGAAGUACGGAGGAGAAUACUAUUGGGUAACUACACACUAAGCUCCAAAUCGGGUGAUCAUUACGCAAAAGCUACUGAGCUACGUGAAAAAUUGACUAGAGAACUAUCAUCGGUGUUCAAAAUGGAGCAUCCACUUCUUCAAGACCUGUAUAAUGAGCAAGGUUGUGAUUUGAUCAUAUCGCCAACUGCAAUGGAUGUUGCUCCCACAGUACAAGAAAGCACCACGAAAAACGCUGAGAACUUGAUAAACGAGUACAUCAAUGAUAUAUUCACCGUUCCAGUAUCACUUGCUGGUUUGCCAGCAAUAUCGGUCCCGUUCAAUGGCAUCGGUAUUCAAUUGGUGGGUCAAUACGGUGACGAUAAACUUGUUUUACAUGCGGCGAAGCUAAUCAAAUGA